CAUCGCAAAGACGCAAACUCCUGAUUUGAAGAAUACAAUAAUAGAUGAGAAAUGUUUUUUCUUUUACAAAUUUUAUAAAAUAAAAAGUAAAAUAAUACAUUAAAAAUAAUAUACUUUAUUUAGAUUCCCUUUAUUUUAGAGUAAAAAUUGAUGGAUAUUUUUUGUUGUAAAAUGUUACUCCUUUCGUUUCUGAAAGUAAGAUUUUUCAGAGUUUAUUUUUGUUCUACAAAAUAGAUUUUUUAUAUUUAUAUGGUAUUUUUAUAUACUUUUGAGAAACAUUAAUUGUGAAUAUUUGAACUGAUUAAAUUAUAUUGUUGUAUAGUUAUUAGAAAGUGUAUUUAAAAAAAAUUGUAAAUAUUUAUUAUAUUUUUAAUAAAUGUGAAAAUUUUAAAAAAAUUUAUUUUCGGAAAAAGGUGUAGUAUAUUGUAGUAGAUGUACAUUGGAGAUAGUUAAAGGAGUCUUUCAGGACUAUAUCGAAAGAUUCAAAACAUUGAAGACGGAAUUGCUUUACCCAAAAAAAUACCCAAGAGGAAGUAAACUGUAUAGAUACCGCAUAGCCUUGAGUAGUCGAAGAGACUUCUUCUUUAUAAUUACGCAUGCAGCAGAGAGAAGGUUGAGGAGGCAGAGAAAAACUAAUGGCGUUCUUUCUCAAAAAGAAAAAAACAAUGGCGUUUGCACAGCUUCUUCUCGUAUCGCUGUCCAUUUUUGCUUUAAUGGUAUUUCUCCGGAAGAAAUCCUACAGAGCAAUAGAUUUUUACCAAGCUGAGAAUCUGAUGAUACACGCCAGUGAAUCAGAAGAAAAGGUUUACGAAAUUCAGCAACAGCUCAAGAGAAGCCUAGAAGUGGAAACUCUGCCUAAAUUCGCAGAUAAGAAAGUUGCAAAACAAAAUAAGCUUGAAAAUAUCGAUGGGAACUGGUUCUUGUCUAAGCUUGGUCUUAACCUGAAUAAAACUCAGGCAUAUUUAAUGACUCUAUGGCAACAACAUCUUAGCCCAACUCCUCAAAAGAAAUGGAUUCCAAGCAUCAAAGACAAAAGUGUAGCGUUAACCACUUAUCUCGAACCAAAAAUUCAUUAUUUAACUGUAAAGUCCAUUGAGGUGCUAUAUACGUCUAAGCAGGUUUUGACACCUGCUCUCAUUAAAGGAUUCGACGUCUCAUAUUCUUAUCUUGAGAUCUAUGGGAAGUGGUUCUUGUCUAAGCUUGGUCUUAACCUGAAUAAAACACAGACAUAUCUAAUGACUCUGUGGCAACAACAUCUUAGCCUAGCUCUCGAAAAGAAAUGGAUUCCAAGCAUCAAAGACGCAAGUUUAACCACUUAUCUCGAACGAAAGCUUCAUUAUUUAAGUGACAAGUCCAUUGAGGUGUUAUAUACGGCUAUGCGGGUUUUGACACCUGAUCUCAUUCAAGAAUUCGACGUUUCAUAUUACUAUCUUCAGGUAAACCGAGUUAUGACCAUAGCGAAACUACAUCUAAAGAAAGGUACAAGUUUCCUUAGAGUCAUGUACAGAAAACGUAAGGCGUGGCUUCAAGAAGUUGGUUAACUCGGGAAGGAAAAAAAUAAGGAAAGUCACGCAGAGAGAAGUAAGCAGUGGCUAGGGUUUUCUAUAAAACUCAGUGGAACUCGGAACUGCAUCGACUUUUUCUUAUAAUUUCUAAGACAUUUUAAAAUAUGACCUUUAAUCGCAAGUCUCUGAAACAUAAUCAUAUUUUCUCAAGAGAUUCUUAAAAUAUGAUCACUUACUUCAUUAUCAUUUCAUGUAGUUCAUCAUCAGUUAGAAAAAUGAACACCGACCAGGGAUUAGAGAUUGCUUACAAAAAAAUAGAGAAUCAGUUAUUUAGUCAACCAGGAAAAAUUUGCUUCAUCCAAUCUUUCAUAUUCAUUAUGGUUUUAAUAUUUUCUCUAAUAUCAUCAAUAUAUGGUUGAAGAAAACAAGCACAUUAAAAAUAAACACAAAAGGAUUAAAAAUGUUUUCUUGUGAAAUUGGAGGCCGCAAGCUCUCACUUGCUUUGCUUGGAUUUAUGGCCGUCUCUGCGUACGCAAUGUAUUUGAUGUAGACAGCAAGAGAUGCUGGUACGUAGAGUACAAAGAUCCAGUGGUUUAAAAAGUUGAUUGUUAACGAAGCAGAAUUAAACUUCAGUUUAUUUCGAAGUCUUUUUGUCUAUUUGAGAAAGACUUUGUAUGUGUGUAACUGUGUAAAUAUCACUUUUUAAAGAUACUGAAUCUGAUAGCUUCUGUGGAUCGAGAGAUCACGGCUCCAAGAACUUACAAAUGAGUAUAAAUUCAACCAGGCGACCGGCGUAUGGCUGACCAAAGGUUACGAGUAUUCGAAGUCAUUAGCUUUUGGUUAUCGGCAACAGGAAAAACUUAAGUAACAUUUGCAAAAGAACUAACAUGGUUUCCUUUCCAACCUGAACCGAUGAAUGAACCUCUAAGGCUCAAAACUUGUUAGAUGCUGAAUUCUAUUAUAGAUGUCAGUUUUAUUUCAAAAGUAUGCAUUUAUAAUAGAGGUUUUAUUUUUGAAGAAAAACAUAGAUGAAUAGUACUUUUCUUUAAAUAUAGAGGUUACAUAACAUUUUUAAUAUUUUUUUCCUCAAAAUCAGCAUUUGCCUAUUAUAUAAACACACAUACACUAGAGGAUAAGAGCAUGAAUAUAAGAGCCGGAUUUUAGCUUUUUCGAUUAAAAGUUAAAAAAACUAAAAAUUGGUUUUUAUAUUCAGCUAAAAACCCCACCCUAAGAACCUCUCAAUAAUCAUGCUCUAAUAUAAUUUUUUUAUUUUAGAAGAAAAAUAUAGAUGUGGACUGGAGAUGAUUUUGGUAACUGAAAAAGAACUUUCGCAUUCUCAUCAUGAACAUGUUGAGCUCAAUUCAGUAGUUGAAGAGAAGAAAUAAAAAGGCUUUUGCGAUGAAUUCAAGAUUACGCAUUACUAUUAGCAUUAGUUACGGUUGCCACUUGCCUCACGGAUCUCUUAACCAAAUUGUUAAUAGUUAAAGAGAAGAAUAAAUGUUUAUAUAGAGGCUAAAUGAUUUGACAGGUCUGAAUAUAAUCAAUUGAUUAGUUAUAAGCCUCAUCGACCAUCGGUUAUGACAUUAAACAAUAACAAAAAGCAUCAAAUAUUUUACAUUAAUCAAUUAACAAAACAAAACAAAAAAGAUAAUUAAUUAGUACAGCUUGGUGGAGUUAGAUCUGCCAACUUUCUUGGAAGCAGAGGAAGUCAAGUCGCCGGAUCUCCUCCUUAGCAUCUGCCUCAUACCUUCGGCUACAAGAACCGCCGGAUUAUCUUUAAACUUCCCACAAAAGGACAUGUGAGCCCUAACAGCUUCAUCAAUGGUAUUCAUCUUCCGGCGACUCACUUCCUCUCUCACGGCCUCUGAGCAGAGACCACAGAGCCAUUUGUUGUCGAAGUUAGAUUUGACUUCACUAAUGUAGGCUUGUGUGCAGUCUUCCAUCAAUCCGCAACACUCGCAUCUCACAGAUUCUAUCUCCAUGAAAAGAAAUAAAAAAAAAACUUCAAUAUAAGAAGCAAGCAACACAAUUGUUUUUGGGGUUGAUGGAGAAUGGUUUGUGUCUACUGAAAGCACCAAAGCUAAUUGCUUUAUAGUAUUACUUUGUUGCAUUCUGUGGCCGGCUCUCAACACUUUCAACCAACCAUUAAUAAUAUUUAUACUAUUUUAUUACACCCUAGCGAUGUAUAUUAUUGGGAAAAUGUAGUAAAAGCAGUCUUACGGUUACAUUGGAUUUGUAUUACUUAAUGCACGUAUUUUAGUCUAAAUCACGUAAUUUAGUCUAAAUCAUUGAAUUUCUUUGUAGAUUUCUAAUCAGUCACCGUUGUUGUCAGAGACAUUAAUCGUGGAUUCAGUAACCAGUUACGUAGCCAUGUUUUGACAUUAUAGUAUUGUAAUAGAGAAAAAACUAUUUGGCAAGCAAAGAAAUCUGUGGGCGUUCUUUUAAAAUAAUAAAGUUCAAAAGUUCAAAAGCAGCCGACCACCAUUUUGUUUUCUCUAGUAAAAAUAUAGAUUGGUGUUGUGGACUGUGGAGUGUCAGGAGACCAGGAAAAUAAAAUUUGUUUCUUGGAAGAACUUUCUUUUUGUAACUUCCAUUCUGUGCUUUGGCAGAUUAUUCGACUAAAAACUACAUUACAAACAUCAUAUAAUUAUAAUGUAGCAUAUUCAUUUUGCUAUAUUGUAACAUCUAUAUAGAUGUUAGGAUUUUUGUUUAAUAUUUAUUUUUGUGAUGUAGAAAACUAUUAUAUUCGUGGUCGAAUAAAUAAUUAAUAAUAUUUUAUAUUUAAAAUUGAGAAUUUUGAUUCACAAAAGGAUAUCAUUUUAUAAAUUA